GCAGAUCUGGACAUUCUGACUCCACCCUCCACCGGCUUUGACGAGAACAACAUCAGAAGGAGUGAUAAAUAUCCCACAAUAAUCAACACAAAUAUCUGCAGGAGAUAAAAGUAUAUUUAGAGCAGCUUUUCCAGAGCUGAUUUUCAUUAAAUGUCGGUUUAGACACAUUGAAGGGAAUUUGGAACACUCCCGGGAGCUGCUUCUUCUAGGCUAAAUAAAAAUGCAGCUUUGCUCUACUUUAUUCAGGCACUCGUCAAACUGUUGAUCUCACUGCUGAGUGGAUGCGGGCUUUUGGAGCACCAGUCAGGAGGACUCAUCAUACGAAAAACAACAGGACGUUGUUUGAUUUUUGUUGGGAAUCCGGAGCCGCAUAGAGUGCACCAUGUAGUUUAAAGACGUUGGGCUUACCCAAUGAAAUCCAUCAGUUCUCUUUGGCCUGCCCCUCCCCUCCGAGGUGAUAAACAGCGACAUUUCAGACUCCGAGAAAAGUGAGCGGAUAAGAGUCUCGUGGGAGGAUGAUGAGAGAGACGUGACCAGGGACAGAUUGAGGAAGAGUUCGGGUUAGCUGCUGCUGCCUGGUGAUAGUCUGAUCCUCCAGAACCACUGUUAAACCACUGUGGACAGCAAUACGACUUCUUCCCCUCCAGAUCAUGUUGGCAAUUUUUUUUUAAGUCAACACACCUUCUGUUAAGUAAUUGUUGCUCAGAACUGGAUUUGGGAAGCUAAGGUUCCUGCUACUUUUCUGAUGGUAGCAAGCAUCAUUGUUACUGUCGGUGAGGGAUCUGCAGCAGGCUCAAAAUGCCAGUAUGCCUAUUACUCAGGACAACGCCUUCAGCAUUCUCCUGCUGCUGGAGGACUGGCACAGGGCUCAGAUGGUGAGAUCUAACAACCCUGACAACAUAAAAGAAGACAGUUUGGAAUACAAGGAUGAAGAGUACCACAAUGGAGAAGAAGACAGUUUUUGUGGCAGUAUUCAGUUGGAUGAUCUGCCCUUGUGUCUGGCUGCAGCUCAGAAAUUGGUGGAGUAUAUUACGUUCAAUUUCAUGGAGAGUGACACAGCUCUGUCUGCUACAAGCUCCUGUUGUAGCAAGGGACUUGAUGUCGAAGUUCAUGCUGUUUCCUUCAGAAAAAGUGAGGACGAUACUGUUGAAUUUGGCCUGAGCUUUGGGAACAUCCCUAUUUUUGGGGAUCCUGAUAUCAGAAAAAAAGGCUCUUCAAGGAAAAAGAGAGAGGAGGGCCCCAUCGUCAACGUGGGCUGCAUUUGGGUAACAGAGGUGAAAAAGAAAAGCCCAGCAGCCUGUUGUAGGUGUAUCAAACUCAGAGAUGAAUUGCUGUCAGUAAAUGGACAACUGAUGGUGGGAGUUAAUGUCAGUGGAGCCAGCUACCUGGUUGAUCAGUGCUGGAAUGGCGGUUGCAUUUAUUUGAUCCUUUUGCGUCGCAUCAAGCGAAAGGCCCCUCUCCCUCCUUGUGUCAAGGGAAGUUUCACUAUUCCUAACAAGAUGGAUCACUGUCAAACCCAGCAGGACAUAACUGAUUUUGAAGUGGUGAACUGCAAACGUACACGCAAAUUUGGGGUGAUAUCACGAUCCUCUAACCAAGGCUACAACGAAAGUACUGGAUCACAGAUCCAAACCAGAAAUCGGUACUCCCUUCUUAAUACUGAUGCAGAAGUCAGUUCUUCACUAGAAGAGUGCAGUCCAGACUUGUCUCCUCAGACUCAAACUAUUCAUUCAUACAAUGGAUCUGCUGGAACUCUGCCGGGGAGAAGUCACAGUCAGAUGUUGGAAUGCAAAAUGCAAUCCUUCACUAGUGAAGCUACUACCCAGCUGAGAGAGGGCAGUCACAUCUGGAAGAUGCAUAUGGUGAAAGGUCAUGAGGGUCUUGGAAUACAAAUAACAGGGGGACGUGGCUCCAAGCGCUCUUCUCAUGGAAUUAUUAUCGCUCAUAUAGAGAAAGGGGGCGCUAUUCACAGGGAUGGACGUCUUCAUGUUGGUGAUGAACUACUGAUGGUUAAUGGUCAGUCUCUAGUGGGUCUCACACAUCAAGAGGCUGUUUCCGUCCUUCGCUCCACUACUGGUCUUGUCCAAUUGGUGAUAUCAAGUCAGGAGGAGUCAAAAGUGGAUUUUGAACACUUUCCCUCCACAAGCCUUCCGGACCUCAUCAGCACCUGCAGAUCCUCUUCAUCCCAGUUUCAGGCUGCACCCCCCAGCUUUUCCUAUGGGACAUUCAGUAGCACCACUGGUCUUAACAAUUCCUGCCUGUUAUCACCGCUGGAGAACCCAGAGGACUUCCAUCAGGGGAAGGCAUCAGAAACAUGCCGCUGCAGUCCUACACCUAUGAAGCUAUCCUGCCAAUCCCAAGGUGGCAGCAGUUGUCUGGAAUCAGUGGGCGAGGAUGAUGAGCUGUUUGUGGAGAGCAUCAUCAGCGGCAGUGAAGUGGCAGAGAAACCUCUAUCUGGUCGACGCAAACACUCCUUACCUCAUCAGCUGGAUAGUGCUAGAGUCAGACAGGAACAUCAGAUAAUUAAGAAAUCAGCCCGCUCCAUGAGCACUGUUGAAGAAGAGUCUCUAUGGCGACUGGCACAGCCGUCUAUUAUCUCCAGCAUAGUGCUGAUGAAAGGCCAGGGGAAGGGCCUUGGCUUCAGUAUUGUUGGUGGGCAGGACUCAGCACGUGGCCAUAUGGGCAUUUUUGUCAAAACAAUUUUUCCUCACGGAGCUGCUGCAGCUGACGGGCGACUGAAAGAAGGAGAUGAGAUUUUGGAGGUAAAUGGAGAAUCACUCCAAGGACUCACACACCAACAGGCCAUCCAGACCUUCAAGCAGCUGAAAAGAGGGGUUGUGACCCUUACAAUUCGCACCCGUCUGCGCAGUCUCGGCCUAACUCCAUGUGCAACCCCAACCCUACCCAGUCGCUCCAGCUCAUCCAACUCUUACACUGAUGGGGGCACACCUGUCCCAUUAGGCGUGGAAGAUGUUGAAGGCCACAAGGGUCCUGGUCUAGGUCCAAAAGACUGCAUCGUCAUGGAGGUUACUCUUAAUAAAGAACAUGGAGUUGGUCUGGGGAUUGGAGUCUGUUAUCUGAUGCUGGAGAACUCUGUUCCUGGUAUCUAUAUCCACAGCUUAGCUCUUGGGUCCAUUGCCAAGAUUGAUGGAAGGCUCAGUCGUGGAGAUCAGAUUCUGGAGGUGGACUCUGUCAGUCUUCGUCAUGCUGCACUUAGUGAGGCUUACGCUAUUCUCAGUGAAUGUGGACCUGGUCCAGUCAGUCUCAUUAUAAGCAGACAUCCAGACUCCAAGGUAUCAGAGCAAGAAAUGGAUCAAAUUAUUGCUCAAUCAACCAAUAAGGACAAUGUGUUCAGAAACAGACCCUCCUCUCAUUGCCAAGGUCAGUCUUGUAAAAGCCGUCGGGCAGAUGUAAAGUCCAGUGAGGAGGACAGCCCCUCUGCUCUCAGCUGGACCAUGAAGAGGUUCCUUGAGCCUGUCAGCAGAGGAUCCCUGAGCUCUGAGACAGAACUAUCUGAGUACUUCCCUCAUGAGGUUCCUCUGGCCACAUCUGGGUCUGUUCUGAAGAGCUCAAACAGUGGUCAAGGGCUCCACCAGCUGGGCAGCAGAGCCUCAACAUAUGGCCCACUACAAUCGCAAGAAUGCAGCACCUCUGUGACAGAUGUUAACCACAGCCCUGGAUGCACAACAUCACACAACAAGACUUCUGUCCCUUUACAUCAACAUACAGAGCCCCUUUGCCAUGCCCUCGCUGAUUCCAGUACCAUCUCAAUGCGGAGCCCACUUCUCUGCCAACGAAAGGUCAUACACUCAGAGGAUGAGUUCAGUGACGAUGAGGCAUCAGAUAAAGCUGAAAACACUGAACCACUGACCCAGCAACAAAAACCCACACCUGCACACUUACCACAGAUGCUAUCUAACUCCAUACCAAGUGGAGAAGAGAUAGCAACAUGGCUGAUGCCCAGACAGCUCUUUGAAAGGGAAGAUUUCAGAGGUUUUCACACUGUUAAUUUAAAGAGAAAAGAAGAAGAGACAUUUGGGCUGGACCUGGAGAUUAUGUCAUCCCCUCUGAGAGUUAUGAUUGCUGGUUUAAAGCGUGACAGUGCUGCUGAAUGGGACUGUGAAACUAAACUCUGCCCCGGUGAUGAGAUUGUGAAAAUUGGAGGUAAACCAGUGAACUCCUCAAGCUACCAGGAAAUCUGUGAACUUAUGCACCAUCUUCCAGUGAAGCUGUCUUUGGACGUGAGGCGAGCAACUUCAGCUGUAGGACCAAGUGAUGAAGUUGCAAGAUGGAACCCUACCCAGUCUGUGCAGGACACACCUGCUAUAGCUACAUGGAGAAACUCGGGAGAAUCCAAGAGCUCAACCCAAACUGGAAGUGAAUUUCAACCAGCCAUCACAAAAAUAAUUGAUGUCUCAUCUGAAGGCAGGAUUUCUUUAGAUGAAUACAAAGUCCCUUGUAAAAUAUUCUCUGAUUCAUUUACCUCUGCAGCCCAGCUGGAGGAUGUCAGCAUCUGUAUUCAACAUAAUGUUUCCAAAAAUAUGUGUACAAAAGAAAACAUAGGUGCUUCAGUGAGUGAAUCUGUCCCUGACAACAAUAGACUGGGAAGUGAAGUGGCUGUUGAGACUACUUCAGAAUCUUUGAGAGACAAAGAUCAGGCUUUGUCUAAAUUACCAAUAGAUGAAGAGAGCUCUACUGUCGCAUGUCUCCACUUUGAGCUUUGUCAAAUAACAGACCCCACCUCUGCAGAGCCAUCAUGCCAUGUAUCCACCAAGACAGGACAUGGACCAGCUGGAGAGAGCCCCAUUAACUGUACCCAAAUAAACACUUACCUCAAACCAAGAAGCCUCUCCCAGGCAGACUCUGGCAUCACUCAGGUUCCUUCAGGUGUGUCUGGAGAUGAAUCACAGUCCUCAAAUUUUUGUGGGAAUCUGAGUACACACACUUCUUCCACUGAAUCCAAGACUUCAGAUUCCAGUGGUGGAUCACAUUCUGGAGGUUCUGACUUUAAUAACCAGGUCUUGAAAGAUAAAGCAGAUUUAAGCCCAGAGGCUAUGUUCAUUUUUAAGAACACGUCUGAUUUAAAGCCACUUAAUGAUUCAGACUGUUCUGCAGAAAGUGGGAAAGUUGAACAACAACUGGCAGCUGGACCUCCAAAAUUAAACGUGUUAAGUAUUCAAAGUAUCAGUAUUGCACAGGAAGAACCUCAACUGAAAGCAUUCAGAAGUGAAAGCCUCAUACCUUUGGACAGAAAUGUUGCCUUGAAAGAGUUUACCAAAUUUCAACCAACCACAAUCGUGUCCAGCUUCUUGAAUUCAAACAGGCAGCUGGAUGUGAACAUUUGCCAUGAAUUAUCCAAAGUCAGUGACAGAAUGCACAAUGCAGCUCAGCAUGGACUCUCUGGAAGCACUAUUCAAACUGUACAAUGUCCCAAAGAAAAGAACAUAAUUUCUUGUUCCAAAUCAUCAGUCUUAUCACUAGAGCAGUCAUGCCCCUCUAUUACCCAGAGAACAUUCAUGGAACUUCAGUUGUCUCCAGCCAGUGGUCUUAUAUCACCACUAUUUAAAUAUAAUAAAGAAACAACUUCAAAACCCACUAAAGACUCUAAAAUCAAAACAUAUGCAAGAUUAGCAUCUAAACUUUCUCCUAUUUCCAGGGGUGAAAUAACUAAUGGCAUGACCAAACGUGAAGGCUUUGAUUACACUGAAAAAGCUCAGCUAACCAACACGGAUGACCCAAAACCAAGUCAAAUUCUGGUGUCAGGCGAGACCCUGAAAUUCAGUACAUCUCGACGAAUCUGUCGAACCAUGGAAAGGUGGAGCUUAUCCAAAGAUGUCACCCUGUCUGCAGGUUACAAGCCUUUUUCUGUUCGACAUAAAAUAAAGUCCUAUGAAAGCCUUGCCAACUUGGAUAAACCUGUGGCUAAAAGCAGUGAUGUUCAUACUUUUGCAGUAGCAUAUACAGCCUCACUUAACCAGAGGAUCUCUGGAUAUAUGGACUCGGUUAAUUCUGUUGACUGGCGGGGCCACCAAAGAAAUAACAGCUCUUACAACAACUGUUUGACAUCAGUAGCAUCCCUUUCCCCUCCUCUUAGAAAAUCUGCAGGGAAUGAAAAUCAGAAAGCCCCAGAUGGGACCAUAUCACAUAACCGUGUGGUGCUGCGAAGGAAACAUGGCAGACUUCCCACCAGGAAGGUGCAUCAGUCAAGGACUCUCAGUAUGCCCAAUUUAGAAAAACUAUGCACUGAUAACUUCAAUAGAGGAAAUACCACAGCUGGUAAUAAAAAUGAUCGCAGCGUCUGCUUAACUCCAAAAGCCAACAUGACCAACUGUUUCUCACCAGCUGCAAUGUUUAGCAGUGGUGAUGAUGUGACUUCUGAGGACACUCCUCAGGGAUCUCCAGACACCAGACAGCCUGGCUGGUCUAUCAGGUUGAAGGAGCUGGUGGAAUAUCCUGUGAGUCAGCGUAAGCUGAAAACAUUGCUUACCUCCCAGACAACUCAGUCGUAUGUGAUGAGUUUGCUGGAAGAGACCAAGGCCCACUCCGAGGUAAUAAACAACAACAAUACUCUUCUGGUUGUCCUGAAUAAAGAAGAGGGUGCAGGACUUGGCUUCAGUGUUGCUGGUGGUGCCGACAUUGAUCAGAAGAAAAUAACUGUAAGUGCCCAGAAAUUAUCUAUUUGAGUUGAACAGUUGAAUGUCUUGUGCAAAUGUCCUUAUCAUGAGACAAAAUAAAACGCUUAAAUACUGCACCCCCCCGCACGCACACAGGUGUUUCCAGAUACACUAUGUUGGACUGCAGUUUCCACUAAAUACAUUUUGUUUUAAGUUGUACCAUGUACGUUUCAGUGAUGUUGUAGUUGUUUUUGUUGUUGUUCUUUCUCUUUAAACCUUUUCCUUUAAGCAGUCUUUUCUGUCUCCAUGUCCAUUACAUUUGAAAUAAACCCAAAGUAAUUUCUAAUAAAUUUAUUGGGCACUCAGCAGCACAGGCUUCAGAGGAGUUUAACAGGGGAGAAGGCA